GCCCCCCCCCUCAGGAUCCCGGACGACUACACCUCUGGAGCUCUCAUGUGCACUACUCAGAGUUCUCUGGUGCCAGGUAAAGAUGAGAUUCCAAGACAGCAUUUUUUGCUCAGAAGAUGACAACAGCCUUUAUUUCACAUACAGUGGCAAAUCGAACAUUCUAGAGGUCAGAGACCUCAACUACCAGGUUAAUAUGGCCUCACAGAUUCCCUGGUAUGAGAAACUAGCGGAGCUGAAAACACCUUGGACAUGUGGCAUGGACCCUGAUUCCCAUGUAGUUGCAAUACAAAAUCUGAGUUUUAAAGUCAAAAGUGGGCAGAUGCUGGCUCUCAUAGAGAGCUCUGCGUGUGGAAAGACAUCUUUGUUUGAUGUGAUUACAUGUAUAGACCAUGGAGGCAAAAUUACGUCAGGUGAAAUCUUAGUAAAUGGAAAACCCUGCACUCGCCAGUUGGCAAAGAAAAGCAUUGCCCACGUACAGCAAGACAACAGACUACUACCCAACCUGACAGUCAGAGAAACAUUAUUGUUCGUUGCAAAACUGCGUCUCCCCAAUAUGUUUUCAGAUUCACAAAGAGAAAAAAGGGUAGAAGAUGUUAUAGCAGAACUGAGACUGCGGCAAUGUGCAAAUACAAGGGUGGGGAAUGAAUACAUCCGAGGUGUUUCUGGGGGAGAGAGAAGAAGAGUGAGCAUUGGGCUCCAGCUGUUAUGGAAUCCUGGAAUUUUGAUAUUCAGUGAUCCCACAGCUGGACUGGACAGCUUUACUGCCCACAACCUAGUAAUAACAUUGUCUAGGCUGGCCAGAGGAAACAGAUUAGUCCUUCUGUCGGUUCACCAGCCGAGAUCAGAUAUCUUCCAGCUUUUUGAUUUGGUUCUCUUGAUGACAUCUGGAGUCACAACCUACUCUGGGGCCGCUCAAGACAUGGUCCAAUAUUUCACACAAAUGGGAUAUCCUUGUCCAACGUACAGCAAUCCUGCAGAUUUCUAUGUUGAUUUGACCAGCAUGGAGAGGCAGAAUGAUGAGAGGGAGAUGGAAAGCAGGCAAAGGGUUAGCUUGCUUGCCUCCAUGUUUCGUGAAAACAUCAAACAUUUUGAUGACUUUUUAUGGAAAAGCAAACCAGGAGAUGACACAACCCCUGCCGCCAAGCACAGCUCCCCAACGUUCAUUUUAGAGGAGACCAUUACUAUGAACUCUCAUUCAGCUGAUAAAUUACCAGGGUGGUUACAGCAGUUCACUGUCUUACUAAGUCGCCAGAUCUCCAAUGAUUUCCGAGAUCUCUCAGCAUUGCUAAUCCGCAGAUUUGAGGCUCUCUUAAUGUCCUUGUUAAUGGGAUUCUUAUAUUAUGGCCAUGGAAAAAGCAAGCUGUCUACUCAGGACAUAUCAGCACUUCUGUUUAUGAUGGGAUGUCUUAUUCCUUACAUUGUGAUUCUAGAAGCUGUAACGAAAUGUCAUUCUGAAAGAGCUGUGCUUUAUCAGGAUUUUGAAGAUGGGCUGUAUCCUGUUAGUCCAUAUUUCUUUGCCAAGCUUUUAGGAGAACUUCCAGAACAGUGUUUCCUAGUCAUAUUUUAUGGGAUUCCCAUCUACUGGUUGGCAAAUCUCAGCCCUGAACUGGAACAUUUCUUUCUUAUGCUGCUGCUUCUUAUGCUUGUGACUUACUGUGCCCUGACAAUGGCAAUGUGGAUAUCUGCGCUGCUGCCAACAUUUCAGAUCUCAGCCUUCUUUGCGAAUAUACUAUACACAAUAUUCUUCCUGAGUGGAGGUUUCCUUAUAAGCUUGAAAAACCUGUGGACAGUUCCAUCUUGGAUUUCUAAAGUAUCAUUUGUCAGAUGGAGUUUUGAAGGAUUAAUGCAAGUUCAGUUUACAGGACGCUCUUACCCUAUGACAUCUGGCAAUAUCACCUAUCCAAUUUCAGGAAAACUUAUACUCCAAGCGAUGGGUUUAGACUCCCACCCCCUCUAUGCAAUUUACCUCAUCUUGGUCAGUAUUACCACAGCCUUCUUGGUUUUCUGCUAUUUAUCCCUCCGGUUCAUCAAGCAGAAAUCAAAUCAGGACUGGUAACAGCACGAUCUCAUCAACAAU